AUGCUGUUCUUCAGGCCCCUACAAGCAGGUCUCCUGCUCACAUCUGGGUUGCUGACUGCAGCUUCUCCAGGCAAGCAUUUCAAACAGCCUCAUGGAUGCUCCGCCCCUCACGGGUCUGGAUCAGGCUCAGGUUCAAGCUCAGGGCAAGGCUCCAGCUCAGGCUCUAAUGCAGGGUCUGGACAGGGCUCUGGCCUAAUUCAUCGCGAUCUCGUCAUCAUCGGAGGCGGCGCGACAGGCGUCUACUCAGCGUGGCGCGCGAUCGAGGAGGGCAAUCUGUCGGUCUCUGUCAUCGAAGCAUCGGAUCAUCUGGGUGGCCAUGUCGACACAUUCUAUGAUCCAGCAACGAAUCUGCCAGUAGACUACGGGGUACAAGCGUACAUCAACAACGACCAGACCAAGGCAUUCUUCAGCCGAUUUGAUAUCCCGGUCAAUGCAUCAACAACGUCACCCUUCAAAACCUACGUGGCCGACUUCAAAGCAGGCGUAGUGAUUCCAAAUGCCACAUAUCCGGAUCCACUUACCCUGAUCGAGCCGCUCACCCACUAUUUGGGGGUAAUGUCGACAAAUUUCCCAUUCCUCAACGAGGGGACCUUUGACCUGCCUGACCCAGUUCCCGAGGACUUGUUGAUGCCUUUUGGCCAGUUUGUUGCCAAGUACAAUAUCAGUGACGUGGUUUCGGUCAUCUUCACGUUCGCCCACACUGUUGGGAACCUCCUUGAGGCCCCUACCCUGUAUGUUGUCCAAAACUUUGGAACGGCUCAUAUCCUUGGUUUGGCGAGUGGAUAUGUGUAUGCACCAGCCGGCAACCAGGUGGUUUAUGAUGCAGCUGCCGCGUGGCUCGGCGACAGAGUGGUGUAUAACAACAAGGUGGUAUCAACCACACGCAACAAAGAUGGGACCACCAACGUCAACUUGGGUGACGGUGAGACAAUCAAGGCGAAGAAGGUUCUUAUUACGAUCCCUCCCACGUUGGACAACCUUGCCGGGUUCGACCUCGAUGAAGAAGAGACGAAUUUAUUCGAGCAGUGGUCGCACGUGCCAUAUUAUGUGGGCGUUACGAGGCAAACUGGGCUACCUGAUCUGACGAACUUUAUCAACGUCGAUACAUCAUCAGUGGGCAACUUACCCCUAGUUCCCUAUGUCUGGCGCCUUGAAACCGUCGGUGUGCCAGGUUAUCAGACCGUCAAGGUCAUCGGUGAAGCCGACUCCACGAAAGCACAGGGUUUGGUGUAUGAUGCUGUCUCUAAGAUCGAUAAAUCCCUGGCAACUUUACAACUUGGCGGCUCUACGGGUCCAUCGGAGGACAUAUUCGCAGUUUGGCAGGAACAUGCGCUGCUCGGUCUCAAUGUCCCGACGGCAUCGAUUCAGUCCGGUUUCUACAAGAAUCUGUACGGAUUGCAGGGCCACAAGAAUACUUACUGGACGGGGAACGCAUGGGCGUCUGAUUAUUCGCCGUUGCUGUGGGCUUUCACGGAUAACAGAGUUUUGCCUUACAUUCUGGGGAGGAAUACCACUGUGAGCACCUGA